CUCUUCCGGUGUGAAGUAAAAUUCACAGUUUUUUUCGCACAGUUUUAUUCACUGAUGUAUGUACAAUGCAGUAAUCUACAAAAUUAACUAGCUAGAGCUGGUGUAAGUAAACUAUCGUUUAUUAGGUUAUUUCAGGUGUAAGUAAACUAUCGUUCGCUGAAAGAAAUCAGGUUUUCAAUCAUGGAUAAAUUUGUAGUUCGGUUACCAAAGGCAGACAGGGUAAUACAGGAACCAAAACAAGAGAGGAAUUAUAAGCAAGUAACCUUAGAGUCUCUACGGAGAGUUGUCGUGAUUGAAGACAUUGAAAGGUACAAGUCAAUCCUUGAACUGCCUGGACAGCCAAAAGAAAAUAUGAUAGAAGCAUUGAAGGAGUUGGAUAAGAAAAUGCCUUCCAAGGAAGUGCUGAAGAAAACUAGAAUCGGGCACACAGUUAACAACCUCCGCAAACACUCAGAAGAUCCUGAAAUCAAGUCACUAGCAGGGGAGGUGUAUAAACACUGGAGGACCUUCAUUGAGGAAUAUGCAAAUAAACCUACUAUAGAAGUUCGUUGUGACAAACAGACAGAAAUUUUAAGGAACAAUGCCAAGAAAUUGCUUUCUGAAGCCAUGGGACUAAAGGUGGAGCAUGGACUAGUGGAGAUCAUUGAGAGAGAAGUGUUUCACCAAAGCUCUCGACUUGUUAGUGGAGCAUACAGAAGGACUGUGAGGGCUCUUGUCUUUGCUCUGAAAAACAGGCCUGAGUUGAGAACGCAGGUCAAGGAUGGCAAACUACCAGUUAAUAAAUUUGUAAGCAGUCACAAAAAGAAACCGUAAAGAACUAAAGAACUGAAAUGUGGGAACUCGAGAAUUUUUUUUUUUUUAAAAUCAAGACUUUUAAAAAAUCAUUUUCUUUACCCAUUUAAUAAAAAAAAACAUUUAUUUUUUUCCAUACAAAGCUAUUAUUUACUCAUAUGAUCAUUUUUAACCUACAGUCUUGUUUUUAAAUACAACAUUUGACUUUUUACUUCA